AUGGACCAUGGGGGAGCUAAUAACGAGUCAGAGGCAUUACGAGCUUGGAAGUCUGCGCUAGACACGAUUUACUACCACAACGCCCAUAAAGUUCCGUUGACAUAUGUCCCCAAAAAUGAUACGGAGCGAGGUCUGCAAGAUGCUUUGCGCGAGUUAGAACUACAGUGCAAAGAAAGAGUAAGCCUGUUAGAGACGUUACGAGAAAGUCGCAAGGAAGCCGGCAUGGACCCUGAUCCAAAGACUACGCCAAUUUCAAAGGGGAAACUAGAAAAAUCACGACCUCCAGUGACUGGACCGCAGAAACUAGGUGGGAGCACCACGGGUUGGAUUGGAGGCGGAACCAUUCCCUCCAUAAGUUAUCCUGAGCUGUCACGGCCGCCGGCUUUGCCACCUCGCCCUACAAUGCACAGUCAGUCAAGCUUGAACUCGAUGACACAAACACCCCAAAGCAGUUCAAGUGAUGUACGUGGGCUAGGGCUGGAUUCCUUGCCAUCGCCGCCUAUACUUCCGGUACCUUCGUCGAGGGACGAUAUGCAUCGGCAGGCAAAUCCGGAGAAGAAAAAGACGUUGCUCACGACUCUGCGUGGUAAGGAUUCAAAAUCAUCAUCAGGAUCGAGCACACCUCCUCGCAAACAUUCGAGGCCAGCUGCUUCCAAAGCAGCAGGUUUGGCUUGGAGCUUUGUCACGCACUCGGGCUCGUCAAAAAAUGCGCAAGCUUCGUCUGGAAACGAGUCCGCACCGUCAACUCCGCGUAAGAGUACAUCAAGUGACUCGGGCUCCCGGAGAGACGCUUUACCCAGUCGACAUUCUAUUGAAGAAACCCCAAUGUCCACCCGAGGGGCUUACCGCUCGGAUUAUUUCUCAGGGCCUCCCUUAACACGGAGAAUUUCGGGAGAUCAUGCGGCUGCAAGCUUGGCUGCUGGUGCUGCCGCGGCAGCCGCUGCUGCUCAAAGACCUACUGAAGGAGAAUCUCAUAACGGUUUCCUCGACCCUUCCCCUGACCUUAAGGCGAACCCAUUCGAUAAAUGGAAGCAGUCGGAUACAAAGCAAGAUACAGGGUAUAGUCCCACUCAGAACGGGAACCACAGGCCGCCAAUUUCAACUAGGAGCUCGACCGUCGAACUCCCGCGCUCUAUCCCAGUUUCUACUAACCCUCAAACUCGCACAAACAAGGCAGUUCUGGAUGACGCUGGCCAAAGACGGGUUGUUAAAACCAACUCUGCUCCAUCCAAACCUAGGCCAAAUGGAAAGGACGUUAUUCGAGAUGUCGAGACCAAUGGCGAAGACUCGCCCACCGAUGGUAGAGCCAGGCAUCUAGCCUCCCAGACUCCGGUGACAGCACAGCGUCCGGUAGUUGGGCAGCAAAGAGUAGUAUCGAAAUCUAAUAGAUUGUCGGUAGACACACCUUCUCAGGAAGAAGUUAGGAACGUGGAUGAAGAUGAAGAUGCGUUAACGAAUGAACUUGGUUACGACCAAAGCUUUGGAGGAGUAAUGAGCAAUUUGCCUAAGGGGGUUGACAGGGAAGCCGCAAAGCAAAUUCUUAACGAGAUCGUAGUCCGUGGAGACGAAGUUCACUGGGAUGAUGUUGCCGGGCUAGAACCUGCAAAGAAAGCAUUAAAGGAGGCCGUCGUAUACCCUUUCCUCCGGCCGGAUUUAUUUAUGGGACUUCGUGAGCCAGCCAGAGGUAUGCUACUCUUUGGACCACCGGGAACCGGCAAAACCAUGUUAGCAAGGGCGGUCGCCACAGAAUCGAAAUCCACCUUCUUUUCGGUUUCAGCCUCCAGCCUAACGUCUAAAUGGCACGGAGAAAGCGAGAAGCUUGUUCGGGCUCUCUUUGUAUUGGCAAAAGUGUUAGCUCCGUCUAUCAUUUUCGUCGACGAAAUAGACUCCUUGCUCUCCUGCCGUUCAAAGGCUGGUGAAGCGGAGGCCUCCCGAAGAUUAAAGACCGAGUUUCUUAUCCAAUGGUCUGAUCUACAACGAGCUGCUGCGGGCAGAGAACAGUCUGAAAAGGAGAAGAAACUAGGCGACGCGACGCGAGUUCUAGUCCUAGCCGCAACAAACAUGCCUUGGGAUAUAGAUGACGCAGCUCGGCGUCGGUUUGUUCGUAGGCAGUAUAUACCACUCCCAGAGGCCGAAGUACGAAAACUACAAUUCCAAAAACUACUCAGUCAUCAGAAACAUGAGCUCUCAGAUGAUGAUAUCAAUGUAAUUGUCAAAGUCACCGACGGCUUUUCUGGCUCUGAUAUCACUGCCCUUGCGAAAGAUGCUGCCAUGGGACCGCUACGAAACCUAGGUGAAGACCUUCUUCAGACACCAAUGGAACAGAUUCCUCCUAUCACAUUCGGGGAUUUUGAAGCCUCCCUAUACUCCAUUCGGCCCAGCGUAAACAAGGAGGGACUAAGUCGAUAUGAGGCAUGGGCAAAGGACUUUGGGGAAAGAGGGGGUUAA